AUGACAGAAAGGUAAAAUAAUUUUCCUCCCCUGCCACCAUUCGUCCCACUGAAGCCAUGUUUCUAUCAGGACUUUGAAGAAAUCCCCGAGCAGCACCGUACCAUGUGCAAAAGACUUUACCAUCUGUGGGUCUUUUACAGUGCAACACUGGCAGUGAAUUUCAUCGGCUGUAUGGCGUGGAUGUUUGGUGGAGGGGGGGUUACUAACUUUGGCAUGUCCAUCAUCUGGUUGAUCCUCUUCACUCCAUGCUCCUAUGUGUGUUGGUUCAGAUCCAUCUACAAGGCCCUUAAGACAGAUAGCUCCUUCAACUUCAUGGCUUUCUUCUUCAUCUUUAUGGCUCAAGUUGUAAUCAGCAUCAUCCAGGCCAUUGGCAUUCCAGGAUGGGGCGUCUGUGGCUGGUUAGGAACCAUUGUUUUCUUUGGUACCAGCAUCUUUGCCUCCGUCAUCAUGUUGAUUCCCACCAUCAUGUUUACUGCUGUGGCGGCUCUCUCCUUCAUAGCUCUGACAAAGGUUCAUAACAUGUACCGGGGCAGUGGAGGUAGCAUGAGUAAAGCUCAGGAGGAAUGGGCAACGGGCGCCUGGAAAAACCCUCACGUACAGCACGCUGCCCAGCAAGCUGCUCUCGGAGCUGCUCAGGGUGCUAUGCAGGGACAGGAACCGUACUCCACACCAGCCUACAAUAAUCAAAUGUAA